AUGCCUUGGGAUCCAGGACAAGAUGACAUCCACCUCUUCUGGCAAGACAUCAGUGACCUUUGCUUUACUGCACUGGGAGGCAACUGGUCCAUGUAUGGUGAUUACAACGCAACCCUCGCCUCUUGCGAGCGCGCUUCAACAAAUGCUCAUCAAACGGUACCUACACAAGCCUACUCUGCCUUCCUCCUCCGUUGCGGAGGAAUGGACCUCUGGGCACAAAUCCUGGAUGGUGAAGCUUCUACCCAUUAUACAUACAAAGGGCCGUUUGGACAGAUAAUUAUUGAUUGCAUGGCAUGUUCAGUUCAAAGCAUGUUAGAAUCACAAAUAUCCGUGUACAGGAAGUUCAUGGGAUCUACCAAUCACCGUGCAGUUAAGGGCGAAAUGGUUGCAUAUUUCAAACAUUUAUUUCAUCAUGAAGAACAAUCGCCAAAUACAAAACCGUGGUUAUCCUCACCAUCCUUGGUUGCUGUUCGCAACCGUACAGCACUCCACCCAUUCAAAUGGCCAAAACCCUUGUCAACAUCAGACCUUUGCCUGAUUCUUCAUCAUGGGAAAGCAUGUCCCUCUCCUGGCCCUGACCAAUGGGAGAAAUGGUGGUUCAAAAGCUUGGAUGAUUCAGGUCUCCAACCGCUACUUAACAUAGUCAACUACAUUAUCACACACUCACACUUCCCUGCAUCCAUCAAACUGACCUACCUGUCCAUCAUUCACAAACGUGGCUCUACUACCUCUAUGAAGAAUUACCGCGGCAUAUGCUGUCACAACCUUAUCGUGCAAACUGCCUGUGCAUGGCUUAACUUCUACCUUACCAAGGACCUGGCUAAGCACAAGGUCAUUCCCCACACACAGGUUGCCACCCAACCCAGUGUCCAGGGAAGAGAGUUGCUCUCCUUCCUCGCUCAACUGCAUGCAUGGUCCUCCCAAAAUCAACAACCUCUCUAUAUCCUCCAAUGA